UAUUUAACCUUGUUUCUAUCUUCUAUCACGGCCUUAACGGAACACGGUAGGGUCGAGGAAGGAAGGAAGGGAUAGCAGAUAAAAAUAAGGUUAAAAAAAGAGUUCGAACUUUCUAGGGUCGAAUAAGGGGCUGUUAUUGUAGGGCCAUACAAGAAAUUUACUUUUAAAAAAAACCCAUGAAAGGCCGUUUCUUUGGGCCGAAACGGUUGAAGAGGCCCAGCCCGUGUUAAACCGAGGUUUUUCCUGGGCCAGUUGAGGUCCACUAAUCGUCCUAGUCCACCUCGUGUACGCGUAUAGGCGGCGUAUCUCACACAAACACCAGAAUACGAAACGCCCUCUAAAAAAAAAUAAAUACAAAGCGGAUACAGAGGAAAAAAAGAAAAGGAAAAUCUCAGGGAGUCCGCGACGGCCGCGUCAGAUAGAAACGAAUCGCCACGACGCCACCACCCGCACAUCCCAGAGAUCAAACAAAACCCACCGCCGCGGCGACUCCGCCUCCCACCUCCCCGUCGAUCACCGGAGCACCAGCAAGCGGAAGGGCUCAGGGAGUUCUCAAGAUGGAGGACGUGGACGUGUCGCGGCAGCUCAAGCAGAUGACGGACUUCAUCCGCCAGGAGGCCGUCGAGAAGGCCGUCGAGAUCGAGGCCGCAGCCGCCGAGGAAUUCCAAAUUGAAAAAUUGCAAUUGGUGGAAGCUGAAAAGAAGAAGAUCAGGCAGGAAUUUGAUCGCAAAGAGAAGCAAGUUGGUAUCAAGAAGAAAAUUGACUACUCAAUGCAGCUCAAUGCUUCCCGAAUUAAAGUUCUUCAAGCUCAGGAUGACUUAGUAACAAAUAUGAUGGAAUCAGCAAGGAAAGAGCUACUGUACAUCAGCCGAGAUCAUCAAACCUAUAAGAAACUUCUGAAGAUACUUAUUGUUCAGAGUUUGCUGCGUCUGAAAGAGCCAGCUGUGCUUCUCCGCUGCAGGAAGGAGGAUCUUGAGCUUGUUGAUUCAGUUUUGGAGUCGGCAAGGAAUGAGUAUGCAGAGAAAGCAAAUGUAUAUCCUCCUGAGAUAGUGGUAGACCGUCAUGUCUAUCUGCCAUCUGCUCCCAGUCAUUAUCAGGCACCUGGUCCCUCCUGCUCUGGCGGAGUUGUGCUAGCUUCCCGAGAUGGAAAGAUCGUCUGUGAAAACACACUGGAUGCUAGACUACAAGUGGUUUUUAGAAAAAAGCUGCCCGAGAUCCGUCAAAGCCUUUUCAGACAGGUAGCCGCGUAACCAAUCCUUGAAAGCAGAACUCGGCUCAGUACUCUUUGGGGUACCCUGAUGAUGUCCAGGAGCAUGCUUGGCAGCUCAAUAGUGAUUUACCAAACUGUUUGAUCUUAAUUAUUAUUACUUCUUGUUAUGGAGGCGUUGUCAUCAGAUUCCAUAGCGUCCAAUCCUGCACCGAAGCAAAUAAGAGGAAAUAAACUGUGUUCAUAUUCGUGACGAUCUUUUCGUAAAAUAAGGCGGAUGUGUAGUGCUGCCAGGUCUUUCA